UGGAAGAACGAAUGUCGAGGGAAUUUUAAAAAAGGCGAGGGUUUUGCCGUGAAGAAAGAACAAUUAAUCAGUGUGUUUGUUAGAAGCCUUGGAAGUCUGUUUGGCGAGGGAGGUACACUUAAAUACGCGGCUGUUUGAGAAGGGGUCUGGCAGUGUCGUGCUAAUGUAUUUUAUUUUAUUUUGAUUUAUUUUUUCUCGCGGGGUCGUGCCAAUGAAAGGGUUGUCCGAAUACGCUCGUUGUCCGAAUUAGAAGAAGAAAAAAGUGUAAACAUGGCCUCUUAUGUUCAUUUUCUUGUGUACAGUUCUAAGCACUUUUAAUAAAAAAAAAAAGAAAGAGAGAGAGAGAAAAAAAAGAGAGACCGUGAGUGUAUUUGUGUUGUCGAGGAAAAGCGAGGAAAGAGAGGCGAGGACGAGGCAAGGGAAAGGCCUCAAGUACUUUCUCGAGGACGACCUGGUCUCCCUCGAGCACACCACCAUGACGUCUAUUAUGAAGAUUUACAGCAAGGCAACCAAAAGGGGCUCGGACCCCCGGCUGCAGACAUGCCGCGGGAAGCUGCAGAACCGCCGCUCCAAGCUCAACCAGGAGAUCAACAAGGAGCUCAUGCUCAGGGCCGGCGCAGAGAACCUCUACAACGCCACACACAACAAGAGAAUGAAGGAGCAGGUGGCCUUGGAGCUACAGUUUGUAAACAGCAAUCUGCAACUCCUGAAAGAACAGCUUGCAGAACUGAACAGCUCUGUGGAGGUCUACCAGGGCACGCAGUCGAAAGGUAACAUCCCCAUGAUCCCUUUGGGCCUGAAGGAGACGAAGGAGAUCGACUUCAGAGAACCGUUCAAGGAUUUCAUACUAGAACACUACAGCGAGGAACCAGACAAGUAUGAUGAGCCAAUCACAGAGUUCAUGGACCUCAGAGGGGCCAUGCGAACUCCGGAGCGCGACGACUCGGGAGUGGGUCUUCUCUUCGAGUACUUCAAUCAGCUCUAUUUCAUCGACAGAAGAUUCUUUCCUCCGGACCGCUCGCUUGGCAUCUACUUCGAGUGGUACGACUCGCUGACUGGCACCCCGAGCUGCCAGAGGACGGUGGCCUUCGAGAAAGCGUGCGUCCUCUUCAACCUCGGGGCCUUGUACACGCAGCUGGGGGCUCGCCACGACAGGACCUCGGCGGCAGGACUCGACGCGGCCGUCAACAACUUCCUCCGGGCGGCGGGGAUGUUCCGAUACCUGCACGACACCUUCACCAACGCCCCUUCCAAAGACCUGAGUCCGGAGAUCCUCGACAUGCUCAUUCAUCUCAUGCUGGCUCAAGCACGAGAAUGUCUCCACGAGAAAGCCCUGCUCGGCCACAGCGAGGAUUUCGAAACCGUGGUGGAACUGUCACAAGAGGCAGCCAACGUUGCUCAAGAGUAUUCGCAGGUGCUGAAAACAAUAUCGGACCCAGCAGUGAAAGGCUACGUUCCGGCAUCGUGGAUAAGCUUAGUUCACAUCAAGGCUGACUACUACCGCGCUUGUUCCCACUACCACAUCUCUGAAGCGCUACUCACCCUCCCGUGCAGCAUCAAAGAGGAGGAACACAUAGGGAUGAGAGUCCGCGAGGCUUUGCAGUAUUUCCAUCUCCCGCCAUCGAACAACACCACCACCAUUGACAUCACUGUCCCAAGCUGCCGGAGAGAACGCACCAUCCUCGGUCUGGCUCAUUGUCGUGAGGCAGUUUUAGUUCACGAGGAGGCAAUGCGGCAACACAGGAUGUGUCGAGACCUAAAAAAGAAGUCGGUCCUCGCAGAAGUCUUGCACAUUGGCCAUGAAACAGCGGUCCACCUCCUUGACCUCUAUGUGGAGGAGGAAGAUCUUCUGAACAUACUUGAUCCGCCACCGAUAUCACCGGCAACCAAAGUACAGCUUUCCCUGACUACCCCAGACUUUUCCCAACACCGGGUAGAAGACCUGUUCAAACUCCUGGGACCCGUUGCUGUAUUCUCAGCCAAGCACCAGUGGUCAGCACCUCGACCUAUUAAGCUAACCAGAACUCCCACUCAAGGUUUUGGGUUCUCAGUGAGAGGCGAUGCUCCUGUCGUUAUAGCUGGCGUUGACAGGAAUAGUUUGGCAGAGAGAGCUGGUAUCAAUGAAGGAGACCUUGUGGUGUGCAUUGGAACCCGUGAUGUGAAAUGGAUGCCACAUGAUGAGGUUGUUGGGCUUAUUCGUGAAGCUGGAAACACACUCAACCUCACUCUCGUCACUCCUUGUGAUAAGACCUAUUACAAAUUACCCAAAAGCAAGAGUCUCAAGGACAUCUCUCCCCACUCUACCACGAGUAGCAGCAGUGGAGUCAGUAGUACAGGCAGCAGCAGUGGCAGCAGCAAUAGCAGUACCAGCAGCAAUAGCAGUCACUAUGGUUCUGUCAAUAGUUCUACUAUUUCAAAUUCACGCGAUAAAGACAAGCGAAACAGUUGGAAUCCUUUCAAGCGUUCAUCUUCUCGAGACAAGCUUAAAGCAGACUCCCUUAUUGACUGCAAUGUUAUUUUGCGAUAACUUCUUCUUGGAAAUUGCCUAUUCACUUUGAAGUAUUCAGUCUUUUAGCUGUUUCUUUUCCUCUUCAUGUAAACUUGUUUUAAGGUAUCAGGUACUCUCAACAAAAUCAGUAUUAUUUCAAAGAAGUGGACCAUUAUUACAUUUCCUUGAUAAUUAGGAGUAAAGGUUACACAUGCAGUACAUCAAAAUACAGACAAAGGGAAAUCUGAAGCAUAAUAAACCACAUAACUUACACACUGAAAAUGAAUUCUUGAAAUUUACUGUACAUAAAUAAAUGAAUUGCUGUUCGACUUGCCUGAUGUCCGAAAUAUCUAUAAUGUCUGACGAGUAAUAUCUUCAGUAUGUCGUUACAGUAGAAGUUGUCCAAAAUAACUUUAUCUAAGCACAUUGAUAAGUGAAGUAGCCAGUAAAUUGUAUGAUGUGUCCAGUCAAUAUAUUCUGAAUACUAUUAUGCUUUAGCUGAAAUAUAUAUAAUCAUACAUUAUUUGGACAGUAUUCCUGAAGCUACUGGAUCUAGCAUACAUAGUACGAAAUACUUUUUCUUCAAGCAUGUUAAGACUUACAUUCACAAAGAAUUAAGCAUAUAGAUCUUAUUAUAGAAGUACUUGUAUUUUGAUUUGAAAAAUUGUUCUUGUGUUGCUUUUUGAUAGAAUAUGAGAUUAGAAAAACAACAACUUCAAACUGCUAUUGCCUAUAGUGGCGAAUGUUAAGAGGCUUGUGUAAAAAUUUGAGUGGGGAUUUAAGAUAUGUGGUUUUAUCACAUGAGCUAAUCGUUUCACAUAUAUUGGUUAAGCAAUUCUCUUAAAGAAACAUUUCUACAUGCAAGUAUCUCAUACCAGUUAGAAGUGAUUGUCUGCAUCAAAAGUGGCAUUAGGACACAUUGUAAAGAUUAUAGUAAUCAUUGGACAUAUCUGUGUUUGAUGCAUUUUUUACUAAAGACGUAUUAUGUUAGUUUUCCUGAAAGUUUUAUCAUAUUUAUGGAAAAAAUAAGGUGAAAAUGAGCUACAUUUUCAUAAUAUAUAAAAUAUAUAUCCUUUGAUUAGCCUUUAUACCUUGUCUUCCUUUGUAAAUACAGUAUUUACAUUUCUUGCUUAUCUUUGUAUGUAAUUGUGUAUAUAAGUGUACAUUUGCUGUAUAUGCAAAAUACGUUUGUUUUAUAUGUAUAAUGUGUUAUUUUGAUUCCCAGGAUUGUUACCUUCUUAGUUAAAAAGAUGGUUCAUUGUAAUAUUUACUAAAUUAUUUCCCAUUAUUAUCCUGAGUUACUAUACAGAAACUUUUGAGUGGAAAUACCUUGUAUGUAAUCCAGUAUGUACAUAAUAAUAAAGAGCUAAUGAA